CCACCUUAAAUCCCGCAUUAACAGAAUUAACCCUCUCGCCCAUGGGAGGCGUGCGUUCCCCCUGCCCUCCUUAUCUCUUACUGUCUUACUUGUUGAGACGCACACUCAAAUCAUCAGCCAUCAUCUGUCGAAACAACCCACAGCUGAGGUCAAGCCAGAGAAGAAAUUGUUAAAACAAAGGAGAAGUUCAGGUGGCGCAGGAGAAGUAAAACUCCAGUGGCAAAUAUUUGCCAGUGAGAACUGACCCUGAAAAACUACCAUGGGAAAUUCAACCAGUAGCGCAUUAUCAAAGGAGAUCCUGCAGGACCUGAAGCUCACCACACACUUCACUGAGGAUGAGAUCUCCCAGUGGUACGAGAACUUUCAGAAGCAGUGCCCAACAGGACGCAUUACACCAGAAGAGUUUGAGCAGAUCUACGCCCGCUUCUUCCCUGACAGCGAUGCAAAGAGCUACGCAAGACAUGUGUUUCGCUCCUUUGACACAAACGACGAUGGCACCUUGGACUUCAAGGAGUACAUCAUCGCACUGCACAUGACCUCUACUGGGAAGACGACACGAAAACUGGAGUGGGCUUUCUCGCUGUUUGACGUGGACAAGAACGGAUACAUCAACAAGACAGAAGUGACAGAGAUCUGCCAGGCCAUAUUUAAGCUGAUCCCCAAGGAGGAGCAGGCCAAGCUACCAGAGGAUGAGAACACACCAGAGAAGAGAGCCAACAAGCUGUGGGCUUACUUCGAAAAGAAAGACAACGAGCGACUGGCUGAAGGAGAGUUCAUCAAGGGGGUGAUUGAAAAUGAGAAUGCAAUGCGUCUUAUCCACUAUGAACCAGCGAAGCAAUAAAGUCAUUGCCAUUUGAUUCCCUCUCGUUUAACUCUUUCGAACCCCCUCUUGCUCUUGGAUCCACUCCACCCCUCUGUAAAUGCUCUUCCUGCAAAAUCUUGGCGGCAACUCAUUAAGUUUUGUUUAUGUCAGAUUGUUUUACUAAUGUUUGUCCAUUCAUUUAUAUAAUAUUGAAGCUAAAAGAGGCCAAUUAUGGCGUAGCAUUUAACAUUUCUCUACAGGUAAAAGAAUAAGCUUUGUGGUUAUUAUUAAUUUUCUUUUGGCAUAUAAAAACCAUUUGUAUAAUAAUAAACAAUUAAUAAGUAUCCUAACGAUUGUUAGCUGAUCAUAGUUUUUUUACAGAACUGGAAAUGUCUACAAAAGGUUGUAGCGUUAACGUGUUGUACUGUAUUCACUGUACAAUAAAUACAUUAAAGUUUUUCUCAUAAAUCUGUGCUUAAAAAUCUAGUUAUUGGUCUUCCCCAGAAAACAGUAAAUUCUUCAACGACCUAGAAACACACUGCGUAAUAUGCUUUCAAAAAAUGGUGCUUUUUGCCUUAAGUUUUCAAUUAUGUUGAUCCCAUACAGUAAAUCCAGUGGUGCACAUGGUAUACCAACAAAGACCUA